AAGUGCGACAAACAAAUCCCUUGUCAAUCUUGCGUGAGACGGGGAUGCGAGAUCUUAUGUCCGAACGAUUGCUUCACGACUGGACAGGGGACAAGAUCCGUCAUCGAAGCGACCGGUCAUCUUUACUCCCAAAUUAAAAGGCUGACGACCCGAAAUCGCGAGCUCGAAGAAGCCCUCGCCAGCCUCCAAGCAAAAUUCAGCUCAGAGCCUCACCCGCUCCUACAACGCGAUGGGCCGUCGUCGCUCGCCUCACAUAGCACCUCAGAGUCCACCUCAGUCGAAGACGAUCCCGGUGACUUUGCACCAGAGCUCGCCAACUCGUUUGGAACGCUCUCCAUAUCGGAGAACGGCGCGUCGCGCUUUAUCGGCCCAACAGGCGGCUCAGAGGUCAUAGUUAUCCUAUAUAUCGGCCACCCAUGCCCUCAUGCCCCACAGUGCGACGACGAAAAACACUUGACGCGUCCCGCGCAGGCCCCUGCGCCGAGCUUGCCCGACGACGUCUCGCGCUUCUCCGCCUCCUUCCCCUUCACGCCAUUGGGCCCGCCGCCCGCGGUGACCGCGCUCAUCGAGACGUACCUCCCGCCCUGGACGCGAGCGCUCGCGCUGUGCGACAUCUACCUCGAGGGCGCUGCGUGGCUCUUCCACGCGAUCCCGCGCUCGCAGCUCAUGGACGAGCUCCUGCCCGCGAUAUACAAGCGCCCCUCGGCGGGCGGCACGGGCCCGCACCACCUCGCGCUCCUCUUCCUCGUGUUCGCGGUGGGUACGCUCGUCGACCUCGCGGACGGCCCACGCGACGCCGAGGCGGAGCAUUAUUUCCAGAUCGCGAGCGCGGCGAUCUGCCUGGAGAGUGUGCUAGAGCGGCCGAGUCUCGUAACGGUGCAGGCGAUACAUAUGAUGAGUAUAUAUAACGCGAUGAGUCCGCAUGGGAGAGAUACAAGUAUGGAGACGACGUGGCAGCUCGUAGCGCUCGGAUCCCGCCUUGCAGUGUCCGUAAGUAUAUAUAGAGAUAGUGCGAGAUGGGGACUUCCGUACCGGAUGGUUCAAAGGCGACGGUUCAUAUUCUGGGAUUUGUUCCUAGCGGACGCUUGGCAGAGCCUGGCAAGUGGCCGACCGCCCACGUUUUCUCUGCUCUAUGUUGACUGUAAAUAUCCCGAAGAUAACGACCCAAGCAAGGACCAUGAAUCUGCCGGUGAGCGCGAGUGUACGUCUCUCGUUCUCCCCAAUGCUCCUUCCUGUCUUUCCUCAUACCAGUUCCCAGUUGAAUCAUGGGGUUAUCGCUUCGCAGCAGAGUGUGUAACGGAAAUUGUAGAGAAAGUGUUGGGUACGACAACUCCCUCGUAUACCACCGUUAUGGAGCUAGACCGCAAAGUCCGGGACUUCCCGAUGCCCCAGUAUGCCACGCCUAUGCCAAGCUACGACGUUCGUGACCCGGAGACAGGCCGACUAGCCCUCGCCGAGUCCAUGCAGCGAUUUUGCAUGGGCAAUAUCCGGGAGACAGCGCUCCUGUAUAUACACCGAAGUUUCUUCGCCCAGGCGGUGAUCGAGCAUCCAGAAGAUCCCCUCAAGAGCCGCUACGCGACGUCCUUCGUCUCCGCCUACAACGCGUCCAGCGUCAUUCUCAACACGAUCAGCAACCAGUACGAAGUCUGCCCUGAUUUAGUCGCGCGAUUCUGGACGGUUUGGACAUAUGCCUUUUCUGCUGCGGUUGUUUUUGGCACGGUGGUUACACGAGGGCCCCAAUCGGCUUUGGCCCCUAGCGCUGCCGAAGAGCUUGAGAAGGCGCGAGUGAUGUUCAUGAGAGCUGCCAGGCUUAGUCAACGUGCUGCUAAAGCUCUGCCCGUGAUCGUCAAGCUUUGCGAAAAAGCUCGUGACGCGCUCUCGCAGUACCGUGCCGACUCGCAUAGUGCUCCCGUCGGUACCGCUGGGUCUGUUACCCCGGAGGAUCGAGAAGACGAACUCACGAUUUUCGCCGGCCACACCAGACUGGUAUCAACGCGGCGUUGUGACUCUGCCAAGGUGGUACCCUCCGAACGCAGUGUCGGCCAGCACCGCAGCGCUGCGUACUAUGACGCACAAGCCAAGGAGAUGCAGCCGAUCGCGUUGCCUGUACUACCGCCAUUAUCGAUAGUUGGUUCCUCUUCGGGUGCCAGGCAAGAAGAGGCCUGGUACCCAGGAUAUCCCGGUCCUGAUGGGUCAUACGGGCACAGUCGUCCUCCACACACCACCGAAUCUCCUCAUUAUACGCCUUCCCCUGUCAGCUCCUGGCAUCCGCAUGCUUACGCAGAGCGCCGUUUUGGCCCUGGCGAGACAAUGUCGGAACUACAAUCGUCUUCCAGGGAGGCAUAUCAACCACAACGACAGUUCACCCCGCAAGCCUCCUAUCAUCCCCACUAUCCUGCUCCACCUGCAGAACUAGCCGAACUUGGAUUAGUUUCCCGUGCGUCCAGGUUGGACGAGCGAUGGACUUCGUUUAUGCAAGACUCUGGUGUCCUAGAUCAAAAUAGUUUUAGGUCCACGUGA